AUGCCCCGCUUCCUCAAACGCAUCUUCCCAGACCACCUCUUCCGGCGCGACGCCCCUCCCCACACAGACGUAAGCCACCUCCAGCGCUCCCGCCGCGUACUCGUGCGGCCAUCAACAAAUGCACUGUACGAGUCCUCAGCGUCCAACUGGCGGUUAGGCGGGGUUUUUUACGAGGGAGAAGGCGAGACGGGGCAGGAGGAGCGGCGCGCGUUGAGGGACGGGGCGAGUGUGGCUGAGAGCGAGGCGGUUGUUGGGCUGGGGAGCGAGUUUGCCGACUUGCCGCGUGAGCAGUUGGCGGGGCGCAAGGAGAGUCGCGCGAGGAGGAGGUUGAGUAAGAGGCAUAGGAUGCCUGUUUGAAGAGAGAAGAAAAAAGAGGAGAGUCUAUGGAAGGUGUGGUGUUUAUGAGAUUGAAAGGCCCCCGUAUUGGCGUCACAGAGGUCACUGGAAGGAGGAGGGGUUUAUGGCGCUUUUUGGGGGGUUUUUUUUUCUACUCGACCAAAUGUCGCUGCAGAGAGUUACAGUCGGAAUAACUUGUACGGCUCGCAGUUGCCGUGGUCGAGGGCGCAAAGGCGCAUUGCUGAGGUGC